GGAAUGCUCCAGAGAGCAGAUACCUACCUCAGAUUCCUGCAUCUUCCUCUUUUUCUUUUUCUUUCUCUUUUUUCUUCUUUUUUUCAGUCAUUUUGUCUCAUCCUCAGUCCCAACACUCUCCUUUAAGGCUCUCUGUGUUUAUCUGCUUUUCCUCAUCCUUCGAAUACUGCUCUCUCAUCUUGUCAUGCUCGGGGAGGACAGUGUGUGAGCUGCUGGAAAGCUGGCUGAUGCUUGAGGAUGACACAGGGACCACCAUGCACAGAGAAAAAUCAUCUCUUUAGGUCUCUUUAGCUCACAUGGAGAUGGAGGAUACGGAAGAGACUUGCAGUGUAGAAUAAACGUAAAUGAAGAUGGAAAGCAGAGGACUGUGGUGAGGAGAACCUGCAGAUAUGAACAUCUCCGAGCACCAUGGGCUGCACCAUGCCCACCGGAACCACAGCCUGGGCGUGCAGAUUGGAAACAAAGCUGCCUCGGGGGGAAGGAACUCUGCCUCAGGCUGCUACGAACAGCUGUUGAUUUCCACUGAGGUCUUCAUUACGCUAGGGUUGGUCAGCCUUCUGGAGAACAUUCUGGUAAUCGCAGCCAUCAUCAAGAACAAAAACUUCCACUCACCCAUGUAUUUCUUCAUCUGCAGCCUGGCGGUGGCCGACCUGCUGGUGAGCGUCUCGAACGCGACGGAAACGGCUGUGAUGGCACUGAUCACCAGCGGCAACCUGACCAUCUCUGGAAACGUUGUGAAAAGCAUGGACAACGUGUUCGACUCCAUGAUCUGCAGCUCACUCCUGGCUUCCAUUUGGAGUCUCCUGGCCAUCGCCGUGGACCGCUACGUCACCAUCUUCUACGCCCUGCGCUACCACAACAUCAUGACCCAGCGCCGGGCGGCGCUCAUCAUUGUAUGCAUAUGGAGCUUCUGCACAGCGUCCGGCGUGCUCUUCAUCAUCUACUCGGAGAGCGCUACAGUCCUCAUCUGCCUUAUCAGCAUGUUCUUCACCAUGCUGGCCCUCAUGGCCUCGCUUUACGUGCACAUGUUCCUCUUGGCACGGCUUCACAUGAAACGCAUCGCCGCCUUACCAGGGAACGGUCCCGUAUGGCAGGCGGCCAACAUGAAGGGCGCCGUGACGCUUACCAUCCUGCUCGGAGUGUUCGUCGUGUGCUGGGCUCCAUUUUUUCUCCACCUCAUUCUCAUGAUCUCUUGCCCCAGGAACCCGUAUUGCGUCUGCUUCAUGUCGCACUUCAACAUGUACCUGAUUCUGAUCAUGUGUAACUCGGUGAUCGACCCACUCAUCUACGCCUUCAGGAGUCAGGAGAUGAGGAAGACCUUCAGAGAGAUCUGCUGCGGCUGGGCUUCAGGAUGGAGCUGCGGCUGGAGUUGCGUUGGCUUCAACGAGAGACUUAACAGCUAUUAACCAAAUGUUUUUGGUCGUUGCAUCUUGAAGGCACCGAUGAUUCGCUCCUCGUUCAAGGCUGUUCAUUGGCCGAAAUCAUGAACUACGUCAGAUGAUUGGUGAAACAACUUUACCACCAAUUUCAGUCUACUUUUGUUCACCAAAAAAAAAUCCAAGACCUUCAAGAUAACCAGACUCAAAACCUUCAGAAACACUUGUUUGGUGAAACAACCUUGAAUUUUGUCUUUUGCUGCACAACUGUGAAGUUUUUAAAUCAUUUCUGCCUUUCCAUCAUCACCAGCAGGUGGGUUACGUUUGCUCUAAAAUCAUUUCUGGACAAAAUCGUAGAUUCCUGCAUGAGAAAAAUCUGGAAUCAUUGUAAUUAGUAAUUAUCCGAUUGAUUGAGGUAAUUGUCUCAUCCCCACUCUCUGCUGGUCGAUUUUUGCUCAUAUUUGUUCACGUAAUCUAAUGUAGAAUUUAUAUUGUGUUGUGAAAUAGCUGUGAAUCUCUGUACCUUAUUUUCUGUUAUUGAUCUAACUGUGAUAAGUGAUUAGGAGUAUAAUUAGAUUUUUCUGCACAUCAAGCUGAAAUACGUAUUUGAAACCAAUAUGUCAUUAAUGUAUCAGGAGAAAUAUAGAGAUUUCCUCUUGACUAGACAUCUAGAGUUUCAUUUAUAAACAUCAAACACAGCAGGCACACAUCGAGCUCAAGUCUUUGCUCUAAGGCCAGAUUGUAAUAUUGUGUAUCAUGUAAGAUAUAAUAAUUAAUAAAGGCUCAAAAAGUAAGAAAUAAUCCAUUAUGUUUAUUUUGUCAUAUUAGAAUGUGAAUAGAAACCAGUGAUACUGUUCAAGUGCAUCUCUCAGACGUCUCUACUUUGUCUUCUUCCAGCAAGUUUUUAUUAUUCAUUCUCGAGGAUCUUAUCUCCAGAGAGAUGAAGGUCAGACAGCAGGGUGUAAUAAACGCUAGAGCUUUUAUUCAGUCAAGACAGGAUAUACAGAAAAAUGAAGUGUUGUGCUGUUAUAGGAAAAUAAUCAACAGUGAGGUGGUGUGAUGAAGCACAGUCACUGGUUCCAGCCUGAAACUGAUUAUUUUUCUAUUAACAGCACGUCCUGAAGUGUUUUAUUCCUCUUACGCCACAGCAAUUUAGGCAACGCUUACAAUUUUCUUAUUUAUUAAACAGCAUGUACUUUUUAUCCAUUUGUAGUGACAUUUAACAUU